AUGGAACCGAUCAAAGAAAGCAUACAAGACACACCCACCCCCCCACCACCCGCCGGAAACAAUGCGAUGUUGAAGCGUCACCGAGGCAGUGGAUCAAGCGGUCGAAACCGACCUGGUUCUAGAGCUCGCCAUACCCACCAAAACGAUGGUACUCCUACCGCGCCGGCACGACAACAGCCACCAUCCGACAAUGACUUUCCACCAUUGGGGUUUAACGCUUUGCAGGAUGGGAGUGUUUUUGGAAAUGUAGUCGGAGGUACAAAUGUUAGACCAUCUAUUACGGGUAUCCUGGCCAGACCUACUGGUGCGACAAGUACAAGAGAAGGAAACCAAUUGGGAGGUGGGGUUGGCAUGAGCAUGAACAGCCAACCUUUGAACCGACGAGUCUUGAGAGCGAAAUCUAUCUCUGCGAAUUAUACCGUUCCCACUGGAGAAUUCAUGGGUGGUAAGAAGGGAGAAAUGCCACAAGAUGGAGCUGGAGUCCCAUACUACACAGGACCUCCUCAAUUAUCUCGUCGUGGAAACCCACUUCCUACUCGUUCUGACGUAAGUGGAACUUCGACACGAACCAACAAAGUUGUCGCUGCGUAUCAGGCUGCUAAUUCAGCACCGAACCCUCUUGCCAUGGCACAAGCAGCUGGAACGUCCCUUACUCACCGAAGCGAUGCCUAUGAACUUGGAAAGAACUUCGAUCGUCUCCGAAUUCAAGGUACUCAUCUUGGCGUAGCAGCAUCACCAUACUUUCCCAAGUCUACCGAGGACUUGGUCAAGCAUCGAGAGGAGCGCAAGAAUGACGCGAGGGACGAAAUGAACGAGCGCAUCAAGAACAAAGAGGAGGUUAUGAGAUUGAAGAGCGAAGGAACUUUUGUCAAGGUUAAGCCUGCUUUCAGAGGAAAAGCAUUUAGUGAUGAAUUGUCAAGUGUGCUCGCUCGGAAGACUAUUUGGGGACAUCCUAGCUUGGACGAGGAGUCACCUGUACGAGCAGACUGGCCAACUUUGGCGGAUUUCAAACAAGCAGGAAUGAGAAAGGCGGGAUUUCCAUCUCCAAAGUAUAAUAUUGGGUGUGAGAAUGGAAUGGCGGGAGAGGAGAUUACAUCGUUUGCCAUAGACAGAGUUGGUUGGGGUAGAAGAAGAGCAGAUGAGAACGCCAUGAUUGAAGAAGCGAAGAUUAUGGAGAUCGGCGAGAUGAAGGGUCUCUUUGAAGCGAUGGAUGGAUGA